UCUAUAAAAAUCAAAGUUAUGGAUUCCCAAUCUGUUAUACAAAAGAACCGAAAGAAAGAAUUGCCACCUAUGAAACUUUACCUUAUGGAUAUGGACGAAGCUAAUAAAUAUGAAUCAUCACGAAAUGUUGGACAUCCAACAAUGGCAUGGCCUUUCUCUAAGCUAGUUAUUGGGAAGAGUGGAUCAG